AUGAGUGCUCGCUGUAUAAAAGUAGACAUAGAGCUCAACAAGUCAAUGCGAAUUAUAUCGGGGACUGUGAGAACGACCCAAAUUCAAUGGUUGCCGGUGCUGGCGAACAUAAUACCUCCAGAAUUGAGGAAGUUAAGGAAGGCUCACCAGGAAGUAACAAAAGUAACGAAUAAUCCUGAACUCCCACUAUAUAAUGACAUCGUCUUGCACCCCCCCAAAAAGAUUGAAGUCAAGACACCCUAUUUGGGACUUGAAAUUUCCGACAAAAUCAAUAUCCAAGAUAUGGAAAAAUCGUUGGAAAGAUUCAGGAGUACAAAACUUAACAUAGAUUGA